GCGCAACAUACUGAAUAUUCUGCUACUUCUGUCCAUCUGUAAAGCCUGACAUGUACUGUAUGCAACUGUAUUGGCAGAGCUUCCCAAAACACUAGUUCAAUUACUCAUUUCAGGGUUGGAACAGAUCUGCCGAAAAUAAACUACUGGCUGAGUCGAAACUUAUGGAUCUGUGACAAGAGAGUCCCUGCAUUUACUGCAACCACAGCAAGCGCAACAUAACCGGAGAACACCAUCUGUCUAUCCAAGGGGAAAUUGAACAGUGAAAACUAAGGGGAGAACAUCAAGAACCUUUGGCAACUUGGUAGAAAACAUCUGAAUAUCAAGUUGGAUCUGGUUACUUUUGAGAGUUUUGCUUAUGGAACGUUCUGUGCAACCAACUUACAAUGACACUUCACCUGUUGAGUAAAAUGCAAGGAUCAAUAAGAACAACUGGAAAAUGAUUAUUUUAGCAGUGUAAGCGUAAGAAUAAAGUAGAAGAUUGGACACGAUGAACAUUUUUUAAAUCUAAACAGUGUGUAACUAUGUAAAGAUUAUUUUCUGAACUGUGUUUCAUUUACCAGCACGUUAAAAAAACAUCUCCCAAAAUACUAACACUUUUUAAACCCUUCCUAAAACAAUGUAUCAUUUCAAAAAUUCAACUGAAAACACAUCCCAUUGUGUUUUCAAUUCAGUUAUAACCAGCCGAGUCCUACCUGUUUUCUACAGUUUGGUUUUUAUUGUAAGUAUCAUUUUAAAUGGACUGAAUUUUUGGAUUUUCUUUUAUGUUCCUAGUAACAGGAGUUUUAUUGUUUACUUGAAAAACAUUGUUUUUGCUGAUCUUCUAAUGACGCUGACACUUCCUCUGAAAAUCGUCAGUGAUGUAGAGCUGGGAUCUGCCCUGUUAAACAUAAUAGUCUGCCGCUACACUGCUGUCAUUUUCUACUUAAAUAUGUACAUAGGAAUUAUAUUUCUGGGCAUUCUUGGUUUGGAUAGGUAUCAAAAGGUAGUGAGGCCAAUGCAUACUUCUUCGGUCCAAAAUGUUGGAUACAGUAAGGCUCUGUCGGCUGUUGUGUGGAUGUUUAUGGCUGUUGUGUCAGUCCCCAACAUGAUAUUAACUAAUCAACCUUUUCAUGCAGCAAACUAUACCAACUGUGCUCGUCUUAAAAGUCACCUUGGGAUACAGUGGCACCAAGCCUCUAAUUAUAUUUGUGUAAGUGUAUUUGUGGUCGUGUUUUUCCUACUUGUCAUAUUUUAUGUUUCCAUUUCCAGGACAAUAUACAAAUCCAAUCAAAGGUUUAAAAAUGGUUCAAACAUGAAGGCCAAGUCCAGUCGAAAUAUAUACAGCAUUUUGUUUGUCUUCUUUGUAUGUUUUGUCCCUUAUCAUGCUUUGCGCAUUCCAUAUACAUUAAGUCAGGUUGGGGCUGAUUAUAGUUGUUCUUCAAAAACUAUCUUGUAUUCGAUGAAGGAAGUGACAUUGCUGCUAGCAGCUUCCAAUGUCUGCCUUGACCCCAUCAUAUAUUUUUUCAUGUGUCAACCAUUUAGAAACAUGUUAUUCAAGAAACUGCACUUGACGUGUGGAGAAAUGGAGCAAGACAAGACAUGUAGGGUGUCUUCUACUAUGCCUGGGAUAUCAAUGUGAGUUCUAAUGCAAUGUGAGUUCUACUACAAUCAUGAUAGUCUUAAAAAAGGUGACGAUAUAGCAAAUUUAAAAAAAAAUGUUGCUCACAAGCUUGUUAUUUUAUGUAUGCCCCAAUUAGAUUUGGAUUUUUUAAACAAAUCUGUUCCUUUACUCGUUGUUGUUGGAGGACAGUCUUGGUUGUGAUUAAAGUUCCCAUUGAUCACUGGAGCCAAUAACUGCCCAUUUAGGGGCAUGGUCAGACUAUUAAACAGUAGACUAUGUACUGCAACUAAUGCUAAAAUAUGAAGACAGAGUGCCCUGUUGCUGAAAAUGCUUACUUGCCUAAUGGAAAAAGCUGAUAAAUUGAAUGUGUUCUGCAUUUAAAUUUAAUAACAUUUAUGCACAUAGUAUCACAGACACAGCACAGAAACCAAUUCUGCCUCUGAAGCACCUUCUAGCAUGUCAGCACAUACCAUAUAUAUAGGGAGUUAGGGCCAAUGAUGGGGUCACCUACAGCUGUAUAAGCUGUUCCCAGAUAUGUACACACAUACAUAACAUACAGAGAGAAAAAAAAGACUAGCUAUUCCAAUACAACUUGGAUAUUUCUUAUAUAACUGGCAUUUGAAGUGUAAGUUUAAAACCUUACAUCUCAAGACUAAGCUGCAUCCAGUUUUGUCUUUCUGGGACUAAACAGUUGCAGAGAAAUCUAGCUAAAAAAGCAAAGGGAGCAAAUUUAUGAGCCACAGACAAGCACUUUCUGUCUGAACACUCAACAACAAAAAUGUUUCUACAAACUUCUUUUGUCUCACUGUCAGAUUUCAAAGGAGAAAUAUUUUUAAAUCUCUGCAACACAAGACAAAACUCAGUAAACACAGCUGUGUACUAGCUGCAAUGGGAUUUGUUUAGAUUAAAAAAGACACACACACAAUAAUUGUCAUGGUUUGAUGCCUUUGACUGAGCUACCAGUAAUUGGGAUACAGCAGGCCAGAGGCUACACUGCCAGCUAUGUAAAUAUACAUUAUGAAAACUCCUCUUACCUUUAAUACCGAGAUUAAAUACACAAAGGAAAUGAAGGAAGCAAGGCUAUAUCUUCAUUAGACAGUGAAUAGAAUAUGUUAUUUUCAAAGAUACUGUACUUAUUCAGGUUCACAUGGGAUCUACAUUGUUGGUAAUCUACCUACAGUAUGUAAUAUUGUAAAUUAAAUGUAAUUUUAAUACAAUUACUAAGUAAUUAAAAUGACAGGUCAAAUCCGAAUCAUAUAUAAUAUGCAACCAUUGUAUUACUGAAACGAAAUGUAAAUGACUAAAUGAUUUUCAUGCUAUUACAUAAUGUUAAAGCGCAGUUCUGUAGACCUUUUUUACUAUGUGGACAAGCAUUGUCUCAGUGUGCCUUAAUAGCUGCAAUUAAUGUUGUGAAUCCUUUUAAAUUUUCAACAUCUCUACAUAAAUAUGACCUAAAAUGUGAUCUCUUUUUCAUGAAUGUCCUGAAACUAGACAAUGAGAACCCAAUUAAACAAAAAAGUCA